GAUAGAACUACAUGGAUUAAAUUUCAAUUUAAAUCGAUCUAACUGUGAUGAUGCUAUGGAGAGCUUAUUUAUAUUUACUAAGAACUCAAAUUCAGAAAGACAUAUAUAAUCAAUAUGUGAUUAAAGUUCAGAAUUCUAAAACUUUCACUUUUUAUCCUCAUUUAACUUCAGUAAAUUAUAUUGAUGACAAAAGCUCAUUGAAGCUGAUCAGAUGGGUAAUUAAAAUUAGAGUUGAUAUUUGAACUUAAAUUAUAAACACUUCCAGUAAACAAAUAAUAAUUGUAGCAUGUGUAAUACAAACGAAACAGAAGAUCUCUAUCGCUUCCUGGCUGCUUGUCCGAUAUUCUAUGUAUUUAGAAUUAAAUGGUUAAAGUAUAGAAAUUCAUCUCGGUAUCAAGUAAUUGAUUUAUUAAAUGGAAACAAUUGGCAGAGAAUUUAACAAUUUA